AUUCAUGCCAAGCUCCAGAGGCAGCGCGAGCUGGCGAAGGCAGCGCUGCGACGGCAGGGGCUGCUGGGGGGACCCGCGCCGCACCAGCCGAAGCCGGUGGCUAAAAGGUCGGUGAAGUUUAACAAGGGCUACACGGCGCUCAGCCAGACGGCGGAUGAAAACCUGGUCUCCCUCGAUUCGGACAGUGAUGGGGAGCUGGGAUCCAGAUGUUCCUCGGGCUACUCCUCCGCUGAGCAGGUGAACCAGGACCUGAGCCGACAGCUGCUGCAGGACGGAUACCACCUCGACGAGGUCCCUGAUGAUGAAGAUCUGGAUCUCAUCCCCCCAAAACCUGUCUCCUCCUCUUCUUGCCCCUGUUGUUUUGGAGAAAAUCUCUCCUGCGUGAUCCAGUAG